AUGGCUGACACUACUGCGAACGAGGGUCUGACAUUGACUGUCCUAGGCUGCGGCACCAUGGGCAACGCCAUCCUGGGCGGUAUCAUGGCCGCCUUGAACGACAAGAACGGCCCCUCCGACGACAACGAAGAGCUUCCCCCCAAACUUCCCGCCAAGUUCAUCGCCUGCGACGCCUGGGAGGGCGCACCAAAGGCCAUCGAGGCCGCAUUGGGCAAAUACAACCAGCCGCUCGAGACGUACGUCAACGACAACCUGACCGGCGCGCAAAAGUCCGACGUCAUCCUGCUGGCCUGCAAGCCGCACAUGUUCGGCGAGAUUCUGGGCCAGAAGGGCAUGCGCGAGGCGCUCGCGGGCAAGCUCAUUAUGUCUAUUCUGGCCGGUGUCAGUGUUGAGCAGAUUGAGCAGGCCAUCUACCCCGAUGGCAAGCCCGAGAACGCAUGCCGUGUUGUCCGCGUCAUGCCUAACACGGCUUCGCUCGUCCGCCAGUCCAUGACUGUCAUCUCCCAGCCCACUCCCCCACUUUCCAGGGACCAGAUGCUGCUCGUCACGUGGAUCUUCAACCGCAUUGGCAAGGUUGUCCACCUGCCGCCUCACCUCAUGGACGCAUCUACUGCUCUUUGUGGCUCUGGUCCCGCUUUCGUGGCUCUCAUUCUCGAGGCUCUGGCUGACGGUGCCCUUGCCAUGGGCAUUCCGCGGAAGGAGGCCCAGCUCAUGGCUGCUCAGAUGAUGAGGGGUACCACCGGUCUGGUUCUGGAGGAGAACAAGCACCCUGCUAUCCUGAGAGACCAAGUGUCUACUCCUGGCGGUUGUACCAUUGGCGGUCUUCUGGCCCUGGAGGAUGGUGCUGUCAGGAGCCACGUGAGCCGCGCUAUCAGAGAGGCGACCGUCGUUGCCAGUCAACUUGGC